AUUCACAUUUUCAUAUUUGAUUCGAGAAAUUGAUAGACUCGUACGAUACCGUUAUACACUAAAGUUUCAAAAGAAUAAUUUUUAUUGAUAAAGGAAAAGAGAGAAGUAGUGAAGGUUCAAAUCAACUAGACAUUAUUCAAAUAAAAAAAAUUAUCAGCGACUUCCAACCACAAACUUACUUGCAGAUUCACCAUUAGAAUUUUCCCGAUUUUCUUAUUAGUAGUUUAUGAGGAGAUAAGAGGAUGAAACGUAAAAGGAACUGCCAUUUUAUUAUAGAUUGCAAUGCUUAUAUCACUUUUUUAUUUUUAUUUUAGGGUUUGAAAGUUUUUUUUUUUAAUAAGGGUUUUAUUAGGUUUUGAAAGUUGGUCACCUUUUUUAUCAAAUUCCUUUUCAUUCUCCCGUGGGGCUUGACCAUUUCUUUCAUUUUAUGACUCACGCUUAGCUAAUGUGACUGCAAAAUACAUCAGAUAUCUCUGCACAUAUUAAUGACUCGAAGAUAGACAAAGACCUAUAAUUUCCCAACAAGCAACAGUGAGUUCACCCUCCAUUAAAGAACUUUUUUCUUCCUUCCUCCUCUGUUUCUUACUUCAUUUGCUUCUUGCUCUCCUGCCAUUUCCUUGGUAUUAAACCCCUUACACAUUGGCAUCUGUUUCUCCAGCUUUGCUAGUGAGAAAGCAGUCAUGAAAGAGCUAGAGGGUAUCUGGGCUACCUUCUGUGGUGUUUCUGAGUGUUCAUCCAGCUAUGGUGGUGCAAUGAACAAAUGCAGCAGUUCACCAUCAUCGAGCUUCCAAGCUCUCAUCAAUCCGUACUCAUGCAUCAAUCACCUAUUAGUAAUCUGUGUUCAAAUCCUGCUCUUUCUUAUUCUCUUCUCCAUAUUCAUAGCCAGAAUUUACCAGAGAAAUAAGCUUGUUGACCCACCAAGUAACUGGAUUUCGACCUCUCCAUUGAUUAGCACUUCAGCCAUUCUCAACGGAAGCUUGAGUUUGGCUUACUUGGGUUGGGGAAUAUGGAUGUUCUUUUCAGAACUUGAUAAAGAUGGCUGCUUUUCUCCACUUCAUGGAUCAUGGUUAGUGUUGAUCUUCCAAGGCUUCACAUGGCUGCUGCUGAAUCUGGCAGUCAGCUUGAAGAGUCUGCUCACUUCAUAUGCCACAGCUAUUAAAGUUUGUUUGAUCCUCAACUUCCUUCAUUCUGGAUUUCUUUGUGUAAUUUCACUGGGGGAGGCUGUUCGAAACGAUUCGGUCUCAGUUCAGUUGGUUCUGGACAUGCUGUGCUUUCCUGGAUCCAUUCUGUUUCUUGUAUGUACUCUCAAGCCAUCUGUCAGUGUUCAAGGAAUCAGCCAUGGUGGUGAUGGUUCCUGUGAGGAGCCUUUGCUUCGAGGCAAUGCAGAAGCUGAUGAUCAAAAUGUGACUCCUUUUGCCAAAGCUGGAAUUUUCAGCAGAAUGACAUUUUGGUGGCUGAACCCAUUGAUGAGAAAGGGUAAAAACAAAUUACUUGAUGAUCAAGAUAUCCCCUUUCUACGAGAGGAUGAUCGAGCCGAGUCUUGUUACUUAGUUUUGAUGGGUCACCUGAGGAAGAACACACAGAAAGGAUCUCCUGCAAUGUUAAAAGCGAUCAUUUCCUGGCAAUGGACAGGCAUUUGGGUUUCUGGGAUCUGGGCUUUGAUCAAGAUUCUCACUUUAUCCACAGGCCCACUCUUCCUGAAAUCCUUUGUUGAACUUGCUCAAGGCAAAGAAGCCUUUAAGUACCAAGGCUAUGUCCUGACUCUAGUACUCUUCCUAGCAAAAUGCUUGGAGUCUUUGUCAGAAAGGCAGUGGUACUUCGAAACAAGGCUGAUUGGGAUCCAAGUGAGAUCCAUGUUGUCUGCAGCAAUUUAUCACAAGCAACUGAAGCUCUCCACUGCAGCCAAAGCCAGUCACUCUUCAGGAGAGAUAGUGAACUAUGUGACGGCUGAUGCUUACAGAAUCGGCGAGUUCCCAUAUUGGUUUCAUCAGAUUUGGACGACGACAUUUCAGUUGUGCCUUGCACUGGUGAUCAUCUACUCUGCUGUCGGCUUGGCAACUGCUGCAGCUGUGCUUGCCAUCUUGCUUGUAGUCCUCCCAACAUACCCUAUGAUAAAAUGGCAGCACAAGUACCAGACAAACCUGAUGUCAGCACAGGACAAGAGGCUGAAGGCAAUCUCCGAGGCCUUGGCUAAUAUGAAGGUCUUGAAGCUGUAUGCAUGGGAGAAGCAUUUUAGGAAUGUGAUACAAGGGUUGAGGAAUGAGGAGUUUGAAUGGAUAUCUGGAGUGCUUUCGGUGAAAGGUUUGCAAAUGGUCUUGUUUUGGACAUCUCCAGUUCUUGUCCCAGCAAUUACUUUCUGGGCAAGCUACCUUUUGGGUAUCCCACUCACUGCUAGCAAUGUGUUUACAACCUUGGCUAGCCUUCGGCUUCUCCAGGAGCCUAUUCGGUUGAUCCCAGAUGUAGUUGGGGUGUUCAUUGAGGCGAAGGUUUCUUUGGAUCGAAUCGUGAGGUUUCUCGAAGCGCCUGAACUUCUGAACAUAGGUGUUAAACAGAAGUUCAAUACUGUGCUUGAUCAGUCCAUAAUCAUUAGUGCCACUGAGAUCUCAUGGUAUACUGAGUUACCAUCAUCCAAGGCUACAUUGAGAAACAUUAACUUGGAGGUCAAGAAAGGUGAAAAGGUUGCGAUUUGUGGAGAGGUUGGAUCAGGGAAGUCAACCCUUUUAGCUGCUGUACUUGGAGAAGUUGCAUGGAUCAAUGGAAAGGUGGAAGUUUAUGGGAAGAUAGCAUAUGUGUCUCAGGCAGCUUGGAUCCAAACUGGAACCAUACAAGACAACAUCCUAUUUGGGUCUGCUAUGGAAAGAAUGAGAUAUCAUGAGGUUCUUGACAAGUGUUCGCUGGUAAAGGAUCUAGAGAUGCUUCCUUAUGGAGAUUUAACUCAGAUUGGAGAGAGAGGAGUGAACCUGAGUGGUGGACAGAAGCAAAGGGUUCAGCUUGCUCGUGCAUUGUAUCAGAACGCAGAUGUUUAUCUCUUGGACGAUCCUUUCAGUGCUGUUGAUGCUCAUACAGCAACUAAUCUCUUCAAUGAAUAUGUCAUGGAAGCUUUGGCUGGGAAGACAGUCUUACUGGUGACCCAUCAAGUUGACUUCCUUCCAUCUUUUGAUUCCAUUUUGCUGAUGUCUGGAGGGGAGAUAAUAAGAGCAGCUACUUAUGACCAGCUGAUGUCUUCCAGUUCAGAAUUCCAGAAACUUGUGGAUGCACACAAGAACACUGUUGGUUCAGAAAGCAAGCCUGCUGAAAAAGACUCAUCGUUGUCUUUCUCUUCUUCUACCACAAAGACUGCAACUUCUGGAGAAGAAAUACAGCGAAUUCGCGCUACUGAACAGUCAAAUGCACCUGCACAAGAUCAACUGAUAAAGCAAGAGGAAAAGGAAACAGGAGACACUGGUUUCAAGCCAUAUGUGCAGUAUUUGAACCAUGGAAAUGGGAUUCUUUACUACUCAUUGGCACUCAUAGCCCACACCAUAUUUGUACUGGGAAACCUCUUGCAGAACUAUUACUUGGCUGCAGGCAUCCAAGAUCCUAAGAUUAGCAAAGUGAAUCUGUUGGCUGUUUACUCAGCUAUUGGAGGAAUCAUGGCAGCUUUCUUGCUUGUUAGAUCAUGGCUUGUGGUUAAGUUGGGCUGUGCGACGUCAGAAUCCAUCUUCUCAAAGCUGCUAGUUUCUCUUUUCAGAGCACCGAUGUCAUUUUAUGAUUCAACACCUUUGGGAAGGAUUCUAAGCAGAGUCUCAGCUGAUAUGAGUUUAGUUGACCUUGAAAUGGCUUUCAAGUCAACGAUUGCUGUAGGAUCAACUAUGAACGCCUACUCAAUCUUUGGAGUUCUAGCUUUCAUUACCUGGCCUGUCUUGUUUGUCAUCAUUCCCUUGGUUUACCUCAUCAUAAUAUUACAGAAAUACUAUAUCGCUUCGUCCAAGGAGUUCAUGAGGAUCAAUGGGACCAGCAAGUCGACCCUAGCAAGCCACCUGGCGGAAUCGAUAGCAGGAGCAAUGACAAUCAGAGCCUUUGGAGAAGAAGAGAGGCUUUUUGCAAAGAACUUGGAGCUCAUAGACAGGAAUGCAAGUCCAUACUUCCAUAGCUUCACUGCAAACGAAUGGCUCAUCCUAAGGCUUCAGUUUGUCUGCGCAAUAAUCCUCUCUUCCACCACACUGGCCAUGGCAAUGCUUGAUCUUGGAGCUUCAGCUUCUGGAUUCAUUGGCAUGGAGCUUUCAUAUGGGCUCUCACUGAACCUCUUCCUGCUGGUUUCAAUCCAGUUUCAGUGCUUGGUUUCAAACCUGAUAAUCUCAGUAGAAAGGCUGGAGCAAUACACUUACAUCGAUAGUGAAGCUCCAGAAGUCAUGCCCUCCAACAGGCCUGAACCAAACUGGCCUACCAUUGGCAAGGUGGAAGUCACCAAUUUAAAGGUGAGGUACCGCCCAAAUUCACCACUAGUCCUUCAAGGAGUAAGCUUCACAGUUGAAGGAGGGCACAAAAUUGGGAUAGUUGGAAGGACAGGAAGUGGGAAGACAACCCUAAUCAGCGCCUUGUUCAGGCUAGUGGAGAUCGAACCAGAAGGAGGGAAGAUAGCCAUAGAUGGGAUCGACAUUUCCCAGAUCGGACUCCAUGAUUUGAGGUCUCGUCUAGCCAUAAUCCCUCAGGAUCCCACGCUCUUCGUUGGUACUGUGAGGUACAACCUCGACCCUUUAUCAGAACACACGGACGAAGAGGUGUGGCAGGUCCUGGAGAAAUGCCAUCUGAAGGAAGCCAUUGCUGAAAAACAAGAGGGUUUGAAUGCUCCAGUGGCACAAGAAGGGAGCAACUGGAGUAUGGGGCAGAGGCAGCUGUUUUGCCUUGGAAGAGCGAUACUGAAGAGGAGCAGGAUUCUGGUGCUGGACGAAGCAACAGCUUCCAUUGACAACACCACGGAUGCCAUCCUCCAGAGAACAAUAAGAACUGAGUUUGAGGAUUGUACAGUCAUCACAGUGGCGCACAGGAUCCCUACUGUCAUGGACUGCCACAAAGUGCUUGCUAUAAGUGAUGGGAAAGUGGUGGAGUAUGAUGAGCCGAUGGAGCUGAUGAAGCGAGAGAGUUCGUUGUUUGCACAACUUGUGAAGGAGUAUUGGUCGCGUACAUCGGACAACAUCAUUGUAUGAAAUGUGUGCUAAUGAGUGUUUGUUGUGAACUUGUGAUGUUAAAUGUGCAUCAUUAUCAUGUUAUGUAUUGAUAGAGGCAUAGUUGGUUCGGUUAGACGGUCCAAGCCGGAUCCCAAACCCAACUAAAAAUAUUGUCAGCAGAGAGUGAAAGAAAAUUUUCUUUAUAUAUUUGGAUAUUGAAGUCAGAUUAUUAUGAAGAAUUAAUAAGUCAAAAUUCUAAUUUCAUCUUGUUCUUCGUUUCACACAUUUAUCUUCUUCUUCCCUAAAUUCUCAUAUUUUCUUUAAUCAAACUACCUCAAUCACUAGCUACACAUCAUUCAUCCAUUAUGUAUCGAGAUUCGAGACCCAAACUGAUAUGAAUUGUCAAUUAUCACAAAAUUAUAUAACAUUUGUUGUAUUGUAUAUCGUUAUUGUAUAUCUAUUAUAUUUUUUUAACAAUUUGACUCACCAAUGGGAAAUUUAAAAUCUGUGUUCAAGAAUGUACAAACUGCAUGGUUUCGUUGGUUGAAGCCUAAUAAAGGACAAAAUCAUAAGCCCACCCAUUUCGAUGGGUCCUAAUUAGAGCCGAACAUAUAAGAAGUGGUUUGACGUUUGAUUCAGUGAAAAUUCGUUUGACAUCUGGUUGACUAGUGAGCUGAUCUUUCUUCAAUUUGUGAGGCUCGUGAGCCAAUUUGAUUUAGUGCUUUGUUGAGUUCAACUCGUGAGUUGGUUUGUUUUGAGCUUAUAAACUUGCUCGACAACGUGGCUUGCGAAACAGCUCGACUAGGAGUUUACGAGAGAAUUUAUUUGUAGCGUAUUUUGGUUGUUGAUGAUUUGUUUGUUUAUUAGUUAUAUAUCACAUUACAUAUAUGAUGUUUAAGACUUUGAGUAUGUAAGAAAAUAUGUCUUAUUUAUAAUCUAAAAGAUAAAUUGUGUUUGAUAGAUUGGUUAGAUGUUAAUUACUAUUAAAUAAACAUUAUAUGAACUAGUUAAAAUUUAAGAAAUUUGAUAUGUAUAUAGACACCAAAUCAAUCAAUGAUGAAAUUUGAGAUGUUAUUAAUUUUUUAUCUUGACCUUUUUAGCAGAGAGGAAGAGUGAGUUCUUCUUCAUCCGUCUUGUAAUGUUCUUCUAUCUUACACAUGUAUAAUGUUGGGAAAACAUAGAUGAGCCCAUCAAAGUCAAAAGUCUGAUGGGCUUGAAGCCCAUUAAUGGCCCGUUGGGGCAUGACCUAGGUGACACCAACGGUAAAGGGGCGCAUGACGACAAAAUAGGCUCGUGGACAAGGAAGUACGGCUGAGAAAGGUCGGGGAAGCGCCACGUAGGCAGAUGGUCCCCCCAUGCGCCCUGACGAUAGAGCCGGACGACGCGCCACGUGUAGGCGCUCGGAUGUUGGACCAGACCAGGCAUUUAAUGCUGGGCUGACGUAAGGCUGGGUGACAGGAGUUGGUCGGAGCCUGGUCGGAAGCUCAAGUAGUAUAAAUAGCACUCGGUAGGUGGCAUUUAAGCAGGUCGGUUUCUCUCACUAAGGUCACUUAUUGCACUUAUCUCUCUAGAAUCACUACUGACUUGAUCGUCGGAGUGCUAACGGGCGGGUUUAGCCCUCUAGGCGCUAGUCUUGUAGGGUCUGGGGGCCUGCUUUGGAGGGAAACGGUGCGUUUGGCAGAGAGAAGUAUUGUGGCUCGAACAUAUAAUAUAUGACAUAUAAAUAUUUGGACAUUUAUGCUAUAAUUUUUUAUAGAUUAGUCUAGAGUUUCAAUUAUUUAGAAUGAUAAUUAGCUGAGUUUAGAUCGAAACUGUGUGGGAAUUGAUGAGUCAAAGUGGAGUAAAACUCGUGAACUCGUAAUAAGUCGAAAUCAUAUCAAACACGAGUCAAAGAUUCUAUAGUAAACUUAAUCUGAAUUA